AUGUUUUUUCUAAACACCGACGUGGGCAGCUGCGCGACACGUAGCAACAUCCUACGCAAGUAUGAAACUGCGUCUGGCCAGAUGAUAAACACAGACAAAUCUUCCAUCUCCUUUUCCUCGCAAACCCCACAGGAGACACGUCAACGUGUCCAUAAUUACCUUGGGAUCGAGAAAGAAGGUGGAGUGGGGAAAUAUCUAGGCUUACCGGAGCACUUUGGACGACGCAAGCGUGACCUCUUCACUAGCAUUGUGGAACGCAUCUGGCAGCGAGCAAACAGUUGGUCGACUCGACGGUUAACAAGUGCAGGGAAGUUAGUCAUGCUAAAAUCGAUUCUCUCGGCUAUUCCCACCUAUGCAAUGACUUGUUUCCUCCUUCCGGUUAGUCUUUGUCAGCGAAUACAGUCAGCCCUUACGAGAUUCUGGUGGGACUCAUGCGAAGGGAAGAGAAAAAUGUGUUGGGUUUCGUGGGAGCGUAUCACUAAACCCAAGGAUUUGGGAGGGUUAGGAAUCCGAGAUAUCCAGUUGUUCAACACGGCACUCCUAGCAAAGCAAGCUUGGCGCAUAGUUCCAAAACCAGAAGGUCUGCUGGCUCGUGUGCUCCUAGGGAAAUACUUCAUCGGGAAUGGAGAGUCGCUUAAAGUGUGGAAAGACCACUGGCUGAGCACGGUUACACCUAUGACUCCUUAUGGGCCGGUCCUAGAAAAGCACCAGGAUUUGGUUGUGUCCGAUUUUUUGACACGGGAGACUAAACAAUGGAACAUUGCGGCACUAAAGGAGGUUUUCCCUCUGUUGGUUGAUACCAUUACGUUACUAAAACCAAGCAUGACUGGGAGAUCAGACGGUGUAGCUUGGUUGGGUUCACGAGCAGGGAUAUAUACAACACGAUCAGGCUACUUUGCAGCAGCUGAACUGGAACAACAGCAUACGACAACGGCGCAAACUCCGGACUGGAAGAAGCUCAUUUGGACGGGACGUACGUCACCCAAGAUUAAACUCUUUCUGUGGAAGAUAACUCAAGGAGCACUCCCGACAGGAGCCAAUCUACAGCGACGGGGACUUCUGCAACAUACUACAUGCGUGAGAUGCGGAGAAGUAGAAACCGAGUCCCAUUUAUUCCUCCACUGUGAGUAUGCGGAAAAAAAUUGGUCUGCCUCCUUGUUUAAAGACCAGGUUACCCCCUCUACCUGCUCUGAAUUCUUAGAAGCUCUCAAGCUUGGAAAGAUAGCAACUUGUCUCCCACCUGUGGGGGUGGUUUCGGAUGUAUUCAUCAAACCAGAGGAAUCACUAGCCAAAGCCAUAGGAGCCGCACGUGAAUGGAACUUGGCCCAGCCCCCACCAAAAGCUCAACCCCAGCGCACUAACAGCCGCAUGAUCACUCCCGAUCUGGAUGAUCUAAUCGUAUGUUACUCAGAUGCAGCCUGGAAAAAGGAGUCCAACAUAGCUGCCUUCGGGUGUAUUUUCAAGGACAAGCGGGGAUCGACAGUAUCCGAGACCUCCUGCGUGGAAAAAAACGUGCCAUCACCAUUGGUAGCUGAAGCUUUGGCACUACGAUGCGCCCUCCUCACUGCCAUCUCCCUAGACUUUUCAAAAAUCUGUUUCAAAACAGAUUGCCAGACGCUCAUUACAGCGCUCACCUCGACUGUUCCUCCGGCGGAUCUCUACGGGAUCAUCCAGGACAUCGACCAUCUAUCUUCACUCUUUGUUUCUGUAUCUUUCAAAUUCCUAGCUAGAAAUUUCAAUUCUGCAGCAGAUAAACUGGCUAAAUCUGCACUUUGUACUGCUACUUCCUCUAUCCCAUAG